AUGAGUGUGCCGAGUCAUCUAUCCUUGCUGCAUAUUCCAGGUCUGCAGGAGCUGCGCAGAGCUGCCCAAGAUCAAGACCUGCAGUUCGUUUUGCACGCUGCAGCCCAAGGUCAAGAGCUGCAGUUCGUUCCGCGCGCUGCAGUUGCCGACUUUAGUUCCCGAAUCUAUGAGCAAAGCGCGCCGCACGGCAUCUACCUGACCGGACCCGGCGGCGUUGGAAAGUCGUCCAUUCUUUUCAUGAUUGCCGCGUCCGUCCUGGCGCGUGAGUGGGAGCGGCAGACGAGAGCCCGCCGUCGACGACCGCGCGACCACGGCGACGACGGCGACGGCGACGACAAGGCAGCCGGCACGUCUGCGACUUCCUCGAUCGUGCAGCAGCGCUCCCCGCAGCCACGUCUCGACGUUGCAGCGGAUGCGGCCGCUGUUGGCGACGCUUCAAGUCAGGGACCAUUUGCUGCAGCUGCUGAGACUGCCGCCAUUUCUGUCUAUGCUGCGCACACCAUCUCGGCAUCCGUCCUAGAAGUUACGCCACCCGUGCUUGUCUUGUACAUUGUCGAUACGGCUGAAUUGGUCGAAAUGUCGCCGGAAGAUGCUGCCAAACGCUUGUGCAACACGCUGGGUCGGCUCAAUGCAUCGCUAAUGCAAGAGUUUUCCCAGCUCGCUGAAAUUCUCAAUGGAGAUGGCACUGCACUUGGCCGCUGGGCUGCCUUUCAAGGUUUCCUUGAAGAUUCCUACAUCCUCCGCCUCCUCAUUCUGGUGGACCAGUGGAACGCCCUCGUCGCGCGCGUGAACGACCCCGCGUUUCCCACGGACCACCCGAUGCGCAGCUUCUCCACCAUCGCGUCCAGCAUUGGCUUCUCGUUCUUGGUCACCGCGGUCAGCUCGUCCUUUUCGGCAGUGACCACCGCACACGGAGUCUUUUGCGACGACGAAGCCAUCUGUUGGCACGUGCGUGUCUUUCGCAGCGACGAAGCCCGCAUCUGUCGGCACCAUGUCGUCCCACUCACACUGAACGACAUCUGGCGUUCGAGGCCGUCACCCGUUGAGGUCGAUGAUGCCACGAUCGCAGAGUUGCACGAGAUGACGGGCGGCAUUCCACGUCUGUGCGAGUACUUUGCGGAGGCGCGGGUCACAAACCCAGCUGCGGAUAUCAAUGGCACCUGGCAACAAAGCUGUCUUCACUUCUACCGUGAACGUCUUUUCAGCCUUCAGCGACAAACAUACCGGGAUCCCGAAUGUGCGAGCUGGUUUCGCGGCGACUUGGCCUCCGUGCUCCUGCGUAACGCGAAAGAACCGAUUCCAUUCAAUACCCACAGCUCCUACGAGUGGCUCAAUGCGGGGCUGAUGAUGCGUGACGCCACGGGACACCUAGUUCCAAUCAACCGUUUUAUCAACGUUGCGGCCGAACUUUUCUUCCAGCAGGAAAAGCAAUCGUUCUUGCGCAUGCUCUACUUGGAUAGAGCCACAUCCUGGCGUGCUUUGGAGCUGUUUGUUCAAACAAACCUCCGUUCCGGUGGAUUCGUGCUCACUGGCACAACGCUCCGAGGCGAGGUCCGACCUCCACUCGAGAGCAUUUCUAGGAUGAACGUCGUGAUUGUCGAUGAGUCGUUCGCUCGCGAUCCUGCGGCCUUCCUUCAAGCUCGUCGCGCAGGAGAAUCGUACCCACCCGGCACACUUUUUAUUCCCGGCUGGUCGCAAUACACUGUGGUGGAUGCAGUCUUGUAUCUUCAGCUGAGGAAUCACCAGUCGCCCUGUCUGAUCUUUGUGCAAGUCAGCCAGCUAUUGUACGGCAACCACAGGUACAAGCUCCCAGAUUUGGUUCGUGAAAAGUUUGGGUGGACCUUGACAGUUCUCGACUCGUACAAGGUUCUGUGCGGUCUUACCAACGAUGCAGCCUUUGCACCGGCUGCACCAAGCUAUGACAUCGCUCAGGGCACGCUUCCACCCCGCAUCUACUACGUUUAUGUGACCGCCGAUGACUCCUUGAUGCGACGCGGUCAAGUCAACAGCAAUCACGACGUCUUGCUCAUGCGGCCGUCAAAUCUCGCACAGCUGGACUCUGAGACGUGGGCGGAAAUCACUCGCGGCUAAUCUCGAGUGUUUCGAUGUCAUCCACGACACAAUUCAUGACUGUGUCUUUUGUCUCCUGUUUGCAGCUGUGUUGUUCAUCUUCAAAUUCAAAGUUUUGACCCCAC